GUGCACUAAAAUUAUGAACAUGAUGGCCCACGCUGUACAUUAAAAUUAUCAGUUGUUUCAAGGUGCCUUUAAAAAGAAAAUUAGAGUCGACAGAUACCUUACCUAACCAUACCUGAACAAAAAGCGAGCGUUGGAACACAAACUGACUAAUUGAAGUAAACCACGUAGGUGAUAGCAAAAAUAGAACAUUUGUAAUUACCAAAAUUCUUGCUCCACUAAUGUCACGAAAACAUAACCCUAUUUGGGAAAAGAAUAUAUUUUAAUUGUGUGUAAACUAGUAAAAAUGAAUAUUAGUUAUGGAAAGCUUGCAGUUUACCUAUUAACAUUUCUGGGUUACAUUUACUCUGGAUAUGGUUCAGGACUACUAGGUAAUUUGAGAGAUGCUAUUCUAACAGCGGAAACAGUGUUCGGAGACGUUGUUCAAAAUGUAAUAAAAGUGGCAGAAAAAUUUAGAACCGUUCAUGAUGUUUUCGAUGCCGCUGUUGAAGAGGACUGUGUUUUUAAAUGUCCAACUGGUGUCUUACCCAGACCGAAUCGCAACCAUGCACCCAGUGCCAACGGCUGCGGUUCAUAUGGUUUAAAAAUCAACUCUGACUACUUACCAUCAAAGGGUAUGCAGAAGUGCUGCGACACUCACGAUAUUUGCUAUGAUACCUGCAACAAAGACAAGGAAGUUUGUGAUGUCGAUUUCAAAAGAUGCCUUUAUAAGCUGUGCGACGAGUAUUCCAACACACUCGGAGGCCAAUCUUCAGUAAUCAAAGCGUGUAAAGGAGCCGCAAAAAUUCUAUUUACCGGAACGCUGACGUUGGGUUGCAAGUCGUAUAUAGAAGCUCAGAAACAGGCCUGCUAUUGCCCACCCGUACCAGGUUGGAAAGAGAAGAAGAAAAGUAAAUAUACAACUGGUGGACCGCGUAAUGAUUUAUAAUUGUUUGUCGUACUAGUAAGACUUAAGGCGUUGAUGUCAACAUUAAGUAUGUAAAUUUUUAAUAUGUACAUUUUUACGUUAUUUGUAAUUUGCAAGCCAUCUGUGCUGCUCUCAUCAUCGAGAUACGCAUUGAUUGGCUCAAAUGGCAGCAGAUCUUCUGGCAAAAUGUUUUUGCACAUAAAGGAAAAGAACUGAAAAAUAAUAUUUUGCCUAAGAACGGCCACGUUAUUUCAGUUGUGAAUUUGGAAUGAGCUGUGUUUGUGAUACAUAUUAUUUUCUCUAUAUAUUAAUGCAUUUUGUUUUAAUUUAGGUUUAAGCAUUGUAUAUUUUGUGAACUACAAUGAGAUUAGAAUUAAAUUUGUUUUUAUUUCAAA